AUGAAAGAAUAUUGUGAUAGAGACAUCUUCGUUGCAAACUGUGAUCCUAAUGAGGUUAUCAUUAUGACGUCAUCAACGUAUGGGCGCAUGCGUGUCGGUAAAUGUGUACCAUUUGAUUAUUUGAUUGGUUGUUACGCAGAUGUCCUGGACCAAUCAGAAGCCAGGUGUUCAGGAAGAUUCAAUUGCUCUUUUGUACCAGACUCUGAAUUUUUUAAAGUUAAACCAUGUCGGAUUGAUUUAGUAUCUUACAUGGAAGCCAGUUACAUUUGCCAGCCCGUUGUUUCUUUUGUUGCAUUAGAAACGGACGAGGAACAGGAUGCGUCAACUAUUCAUUCCUCCUCAUCUUCCUCUAUUGUUCAUUACGGCAAAAACAUGAUUAAAAAUGUCAAGUUAAUUAACAAAAGUGAAAAAUCCAGCAACAAUUAUUACAAAGAAUUGAAAUUUAAAAAUAUUAGCAAUGCGUUUAACAACCGCAAAAACGUUGAUAGCGUUAACAAGAGUGAUAAGAAAUAUAAAGGCAAGCGUUGCAUCGAUAAUGUGACAGCCUCCGACAUACGAGAAAGGUCUGGUUACUUAAGCGCAUGCCUCAGCAUGUACACGUGGCAUGGAACUUUCCGAUGUCCUUGGAUCAUCAGAGCUCAACUCGGUCAAACGGUUCAAAUAUCAAUGCUUGAUUUUUACAACGGCAUUCGAAAUAAAGAAAAAUUUCGUCGUUCAAACAUUUAUAACAAAAAUGAUGUUAUGUUAAGGAAAGAAAACAGUUUGCAAGAACUCAAUGCUGCAAACAACAAACUGCCAUUCAAAACAAUUGACUUCAACAAUAAGUUGACAACAGACAUCCGUAAAAAAUGUUACUCUAUUGCAGUUUUUCAAGAUUUGAUGGAUAAGAAUGCAGAAACAAAUGGAAACUUACCAACAAAUAUAAAUCAGGCGUUCCAUUUAACAUCUUGUUGGAUCGAGGAACAGAAAAGUAAAAAAGUGAUCGUCUAUACAUCGAAGAGCCAUGUUGUAUCAUUCUACAUGCAGAACGAUCACGAUGCUCCACAUUAUGACAAAUGCUCCAGCCUUUUUUAUUAUGAAAGUUAG